AAAAUUAUAAAAAUGGCUCACAGUAUUAAAACCCUAGUUGUGCUUGUGGGUUGGCUUGGUGCGUGAGGCAGAGCAGAACUUAGGGUUUUAACAUUGCCUGCGCCUCUCUAGUUCCAGUUCACCAAUCGAAGAAAAAUGGCUCCAAAGAAAGGUGCCAAGCUUCCGGCGAAGAAGAAGGUGGAGAAGGUGGUGAAUCCGCUGUUCGAGAAGCGACCGAAGCAGUUUGGAAUUGGCGGAGCUCUACCGCCGAAGAAGGAUCUUCACCGCUUCGUGAAAUGGCCGCAGGUGGUUCGAAUCCAAAGGAAAAAGAUGAUAUUGAAGCAGCGCCUCAAGGUGCCUCCGCCAAUCCACCAGUUCUCCAAAACCUUGGAUAAGAACCUUGCAACGAGUCUAUUCAAGAUGCUUCUCAAAUACAGGCCUGAGGAUAGAGCUGAAAAGAAAGAGCGCCUUUUGAAAAGAGCUCAGGCUGAGGCUGAAGGCAAAACUCCUGAGGUUAAGAAGCCUAUUAUUGUGAAGUAUGGUCUCAACCAUAUCACCUAUCUGAUUGAGCAGAACAAAGCGCAACUGGUGGUGAUCGCUCAUGAUGUGGACCCCAUUGAAUUGGUUGUGUGGCUCCCAGCAUUGUGCAGGAAGAUGGAAAUCCCUUAUUGCAUUGUAAAGGGAAAGGCAAGAUUGGGAACUAUUGUCCAUAAGAAGACAGCAUCAGCCUUGUGCUUGACCUCAGUAAAGAAUGAAGACAAGUUGGAGUUCAGCAAAAUUUUGGAGGCUAUUAAGGCAAACUUCAAUGAUAAAUAUGAUGAGACUAGGAAGAAGUGGGGUGGUGGAGUUAUGGGCUCAAAAUCUCAAGCUAAGGCGAAGGCAAAAGAAAGGAUUCUUGCCAAGGAGGCUGCUCAAAGGAUGUCUUAGAUCUUCGUCCUAAAAUUUUGUUGCUGCGAAUACCAUUUUUGUUUGAGAGAUGAGAUUUGUUUUUCCACAUCUAACUGCAUGCAUCGCAUUUUAUUACCCAAAUUCUUGUGUACCUUUUUUUUUCCAUGGUUCAUUUAAGUCUGUUCUAAUAUGUUUUAAACUUUUAGUUGAUACUUUUCGUCGCUCAUCUAUCAAUAUCGUAGUGAUUUUCUCAUCUUUAA